CGCUUGAUCGAUUUGCCGACGUGAUCUGCGGUUGAGCAAGCUGGUCAUCGCAGGCGUGGUCACAGCUAUAGCAUCUGCUGGGUGUGAGAGGCUAACUUCACGCUCGCGUCUCAUCAGUCGCCAGGUGAAGUGGACCCAUCAGUAAUGCUUGUUAUCUAGCAGCAAGCCUCGAGUGGAUCACAUCACCACGUGCGACUUUCGUGAUCGCUCAGCAAGCGGAUCACUCGCCUUCCACCAUGACGCCAUCAUCACGGGCCGAUGCCGAAGAGUCUCGACUCUUACACGCCGUGGUGCAUCGAUGGCUCAAAGAUGCGGGCUAUCAAUCCACUUUGAAAGCUUUUGCUGAAGAGUCCAAGCAGCUGUCCGGCUGGCUUGCGCCUGACGAUGGCAAUCAUAGGACGGAGCUGGGUGGAGAAAUCAAUAGCAUUGAUGCAGCACGCUCAUCAGAAGAGUUGGCAGAAGCACCGGAUUUGCGCUCCUUGAUUCAGUCCUUCAUAUCUUUGCAAAGGAUCGGAGGUGAGACAUCUAGCAAGUCCGAGGGAGCGCAUGCGACAUCUCUACACGGUAAUGCAAUCACAAGUCCUUUGCAGCUCUCCUUGCCCGGCUCUACUCGCUUGCGCUACGAAGUGAGCAAGACGCACAGCACGUUACACGCCUCCAACAUCCUCUCCAUCCAGCAAGUCAUUCUGUCCACCCGCUCUUUCUCAACAACUCAAGAGAGAUACGUUACAAGCCGCCGUCAGGUCCUGUGCACCACCGCUGCUGACCGCAGAAUCGUGCUGAGCGACGCUGCGGACGGAGCGAUGUUGGAAUGCUUCGAACCUGUGAAGAGCAACAGCGAGAUUGGUCACACUUCGGCCGUACUCUGUACAGCCCAAAAUCCUAGGGACGAGCGGGAACUGGUGAGCGCCGGCAUGGAUGGCAGAGUGAUCAUCUGGGACUUGCUCUCAAGACAAUCUGUACAGGCGCUUCGACAUCACACGAAGUUUGUAGUACGAGUUGCUCAUUCCCUUUGCGGAAGGUAUCUCGCCAGCGCAUCUUACGAUCGUACAAUACGUAUCUACAAGCGAGAUUUUACGAUCCCUCAACGACAGGAAGUUGCGAGAGUGUUAGACGAAGACGACUCGGAGCUGGUACCCUUCAAUCCCGAUUACCAGCUCGUGCACACGAUCGAGACGCGCACCAAUCCCGAAGCUUUGCUGUUCGUGAGCGCGUCUCUGUCUCCGACGAUCUCGCCCUCCUCGAGUGCUGCCGAGAACGAGUCCGUGGCGCAGACAAAGACUGAGGCGAAGCGAGGCUGGCUAGCUUAUACUGCGAGGGAGGAUUGCUGCUUGUAUUUUUGUGCGCUUCCCAUUGGGGGAAAUGUCAGCUCGCAAAGCGAGCAGCGGGCGGCCACUCCGGACUUCGAGGUCGUGCGGUUUAACACCAAUGCAAAUCAGCAUGACUUUCACGUCAGCUACUCGCUCCUCGCACUCUCUUUGCAUCCUCUAGGCACGCACAUUUCGAUCCAAACGAGCGCUGCGCAAUCCGAGACGAUUUCGCGCAUCUUGCUGCUCCCCUUGCUGAGCUCAGAGCGCACAUCCACGCUCUACACCUCUGCUCCUUCUUCACCCCUAUCUCCCUGCGCUCGUCACGCAUGGCUCAAAAGCGGAGCUGGAGUCUGGAUAGCUUCGGAAGAUGGGAUUUUGAGAUUGGUAGACUUGCCAUUGGGCAGGGUCAGGUGCGCUUUGCCUGCUCAUGGGGCCGUCAUGGACGUUGCUGAGAGGGCUAGAUCAGGAGCCGGCGUGGUCAGAGAAGAGCUCAGCGCAGCCAGCUGGUCAAGGGGAGGCAACACGGUCAUCAAGGACCUAGUCGUUAUUGACGAUGAGGGCACGGUGGCUAGCGUCGGCUUCGAUCGCACGGUGCGGAUAUGCACCUUGCAAGCGUGAGUAUACACGAUUGUUGUUCGGGCAGCGAUGCAUCUUGCGAAUUGUAGUGUUACAAGUACAAUGCAUAGACCGUUUCAGGAUGAU